AUGAUUUAUUCACAAGUCAUCUCCAAUGAACAGUUCAAUCCCGCAUUAGCUCUAUUCAAAACAGCCGGUCUGAUCCGAACAACAGCAGGUAUUCAGCAAACACAGGCCACCUCUGAUGAUUCACGUAAUUUAUCACGAAGUUCCGAGCGAUCUCAUGUUACUUAUGUCAAAGAGCUCAACAUAAUUAUAUGUCAGAGCAACUCCAUGAUUGGCAGAGUUGAUGUAAAUGAUGCAGAUAAACAGAAUCUGUUAAAGCUGAAGGAAGAGAGACUUGUAGACGAUGCUGAAUGGAAUAGCUCUGAUGCUAAACAACAGUAA